AUGUUUCGUUUUCGUCGCGGAGUGGCAGUUGCAGCUGCUGCCGCUGUGGCGGUGGUUGCCGCCGCUCGUUCUUCUCUUGCAUCAGAUUCUGUUCUAGACCCGUUGAUAGAGGGUCAACAGAAUGCUUCUGAUUCAAUUGCUUCUGCAGCAGAAGCUGCAGCUUUUUCUGCUGCAGCCGCAGUUGCAGCUGCUGCCGCUGUGGCGGUGGUUGCCGCCGCUCGUUCUUCUCUUGCAUCAGAUUCUGUGCUAGACCCGUUGACGGAGGGUCAGCAGAAUGCUUCUGAUUCAAUUGCUUCUGCAGCAGAAGCUGCAGCUUUUUCUGCUGCAGCUGAUAGAGUGGAGGGAAAGCAACAAAGUAUGGAGGUUCGUGUAGCUGAGGUACAAGCAAUACCUGAAUCUGACUUAAAGCUUUCUCUUCGUUCUUUAUAUUCAACUUCUAAAGAUGCACAAGAAAAACAAAUAUAUCCACAGGGUUGUUUGGAGGCAAUGCAAGAAAUAUUGAAUUCCUUAGGAAGCGUUGACGAGGAGCAGCGGGAUGUUAUGCAGCUGAUGAACAGCUACGGUAUAUGCAACACCCGGAUAAACAAGCUGAUCUCUCUCUUCUUAUGGAGGAUCCUCGAUUAA